AUGUUACUGAUAUUAGGGAUUUCACAUCCGAUAGUCUUUUGUUUGUUAAUAAAAUGUUUUUGUACCGAUUAUUCGACAGUGGUAUUACCCUUUGUUACUCGCAGUUUUAAAAAUAUGAGAAUAUUAAUGACUAAAAAGUAAAAAAUUGUUUUAUUGCCUCGUACUUCGCCGCGACAUUCAGUAUGUUGCUUAUGUCCAUGUCUUGCUAUGUUGACUGAAAAUUGCAAUGGCUGGUAGAGAAAAGAAAAUACUUGGCAAUAAACAAUUGGGGGUUAAAAAAGAAAUAGACAAAACUGUUAAAGUAACAGAGACUACGAAAGAAGAUGAAACUAGUAUUAAAACAAGAGAACUGAAACAAGUUCAGAAGGAUGUGUAUCAAGGAAAGAAAUCUACUCUUAAAAAGAGAUCAACAGGUGGCACAAAAUCAAGAAAAAGUUUGGAGAGUACAGAAGCAAUUUCAAAAGAUAGUUCUAGUUCUAUUGUUGAAUCUGCCACAGGAGGAAAAACUGCAAGGGGUUCCCAAAAUCCAAAAUUGCGCCAAACCAGUAAAUUAAAUAAGACGGUAACAUCUCAGAGUGGAACAAAUUCGGCUAAUGAAUUAUUUGCACUUUCAAAUGAUACAAAGCGUUCACAGAGCCCGCGGUUAUGCAAAACUAACAAGGUCUCAAAAGGUGCUAAACAAGGGAGCAAAACAUUGGAGGAAGCAAGUCUUUCUGAUGAUUCAAACAUUAAUAUAUUAAGCACAAAAGCACAGAGUCCAAAGUUACGAAGGCUUGUGACACAGAAUAAAUUAGGGACAGGGAGCCCAGAUGUACGAAAUGGGUCUAAAGGUCGUAAUACGCCUUAUAUUACAAGGUCAGACUCACCUGCUAGAGUUUUGAGGAAUGGGAAGAGAAGAAGACUGAAAGAUCCUAGCCUGCUGGAAGGACUUGAUGUGGGUUUCCCUAAACGAAGACGGUUACUCAGCACCACCAGAGAUGGCAGUGGUAGUGAAUUGGGCAGUAAAGGUGAACUCUGUUUAGAUGAUCAGUCAAGUGUUGCAGGGAGUGACAGCAGUGUCUCUGAUUUUCCAAGAUUGGAAAAUGGCAAAGGAAGCUGUGAUUCUGAUUGUGAUUCUAAGAUUCCACUGGAUGAAACAAAGAAUGAAGAACAUUCACCUCAUAGUGUCCAUAGUUCACCAUGUUCAGAAAAUCAGUCACAAAUUUAUCAUGACAAAUGUUUAGGUAAAUCAAUUUCUAACAGAAUUACAGAGCUGAUACACAGAAACAAAUUUUUGGAGUCUGUUGGGAAAGCAUUGAUCCCAAAGGCAGAAGAAAAAUUAGUCUCCACCAAACCAUCAGAAUUAAGUGAAACAGACUUUGGAAAAUUUAUUGAAAAUGAAAAAAAAUUAACAGACACAAACUUCAAUUUGUGUGGACCAGAAUCUGUUGCUUCUGAGAAAACCGACUGUGACUCAGCUGAACAUCAGUGUAGUCAUGACUGUAGCACUCACAAUACCAGCUCAGAAACAAAAGAGAAAGAUGAAGACUUUUUACCAGCUGCUGGAAAAGUGACUGCAUCUGAAAAUGCUGAUUUGAAGGAACUAGAGCAUAAGAAUGGACAAAAUCUUUCAAUUGAUAUAGCUCUUUACCACCUUCGUGAAAAAUCAGCAAGAAAAGUUCGAGAUUUGAAGAUCACAAAGAACAAAAAGUUUUUUCAGGAAUGUCCUAGCUCUAGUGGUGUGUUCUAUGUUGUUCAGAAUCCAUCAAAUGUUCCAUUCCAGAAAGAGGGUGUAAGAUCUGUCCUACCUCUUUGCAGUGGAGAAAACCAGGGUUCUGUCACUUGCACUGAUGCCCAGUUGGCUAGCAGAGAUAUUCUGGUACUAAAUUCAUCUAUCAAAGAGAAGGAGUCAGCAGAGAGUGAAAACUUUGCAUCGGCUGAAGGCUGUGCAUCAAGUGUUUCUGCGAGAGAUGUAGUGAAAGACAGUUUAAAUGUGUGCGCUGGUCAGCAGCUGGAGGAAGAAUCUAUCCCUGUUCUUUCUCAGACUGUUGUGUGUGAGGCAGAUGUGUCAUGUGUUAGUGAUUUCAGUGUUGAUAGGAAGAGGUGUAGUAGUAGUAUUGACAGUAAAAAGGAUGCUCACGGUAUUAACUCAGACAUUAAGGAUGAUAGUAGUACAGUUAUUCUUGAUUGGAAAAUGGAUUGUGAAAGUGCAGUCAGUGAGAUUAAGAUUGAUUAUAACAAGUUAAACAGUCUGGAAAGUAUGGAUUGUGAGAAUGCAGACAUUCGUGACGUUGAAGUAAACAAGAAUAGUGGUGUUAGAGUUGAGACUGAUAAUAAUAAUGAUCCUGUCAGUACAGAUAGUGCUCUUGUUGAUAACAAGAAAGUAAUUAGUAAAGAGGAUUUUGUUAUGGGCACAGGCUUUAAAAACGAUUGUAAAGAAACAGUUGACAUUAAAUUUGACUAUAAUGAUACGGUUAAUGAUACCAGUAGUGUUACAGACUGUAAAGAAAUAUCUCAUGACUGUAGUAGUACAACUAACAAAUCACAGAAACCAGUGUUUCUUGAAAUACCAGAAACUUCUGAUCAUAAUGUGAAUGCUGUUUUAGAACCUGUGAUACAUACAGAUUUUGAAAGUGAUGUACAUGAAGUAGGUAGAAAUAUUCGUAGAUCAACUCGUUCGUCAGUUGGCAAAGUACGAGCAGCCAUGCUGCAUUGUAUGACAGCUGGUAGAAUGAAACAAACAAAACUGGAUUCACAAGAAAAGAGUCAGGAUGUUAUUAAAACUGAUGCAGAAUCACUGAGUAUUUGUUCAACUGAUGAUGGUAGUACUAUGGAUAGUGAAGAUGUUGCAUUUUCAACUGGAAAAACUUUGGAGAUGAAAGGCAAGCAGAACGAUGUGCAAGAGAAGAAUGAGGAAGUAAAGGGAGUGGAAGUGGAGGAAGAUGAGGCAGCUGUCGAAGCAAACAUCUUGGGCAAAGUAGAAGAUAUGCUGCUACAUACUGGCACCACUGCCAUGACAGCACAAGACAUUCUUUCUAAAGAGAGUUUGUGUCAUAUAAAUGAUAUCCAUAUUAAAGAGGGAGAUUUGUGUGAAUCAAAAGGAAAUUCCUUGCAUGUUGAUAAGCUUGUUAUUGAAAAGAAAAAUGAAACAUCAGAAAAACAGUUAGAUAUUAGCGUGCUUAAGGAAUCUGUUGUUGACUGUGAAAAUAUUGAUGAAGGGGACGUAAUUUCAGAUCAAGAAAAUGAAAAAAGAAUUCCAGAACUAAAAAUGGACAUUUCUGAUGUGAUUGAUUUUACCAAUGUUAGUACUGAAAAAAUUAUCAGUUGUGAAGAUUUGUUUGAUUCUGAACCAAAUGUAAAGGAGGAAAGUAGGAGUACCGAUGAAGUUGAACUGUGCAGUAAAUUGAAAGAUGAAAAUGAUGAUAAAUUACCUGCACAAAACACAUUUGUGCCUCAGAUUGUAGCACACAUGAAGAAAGGUAAAGUAGACAGCAUCAGUGAUGGAAAGGUUGAUAACGAAAAGGACGUGAUGAACAAUGUGGAAAAGGUUCUUGUUCAUAAAUUGCAGAAUGCUAUUGAACCAGCAUUGUUUUAUUCAAAAGAAAACCUCAAGGAUGUCAUGUCUCAGGAUUCAGAAGACAAAUCUUCAGACGUUACCGGAAAAAUGAUUAUGAGUGACAUUUCUGAAAGUCAUUGUGAGUCCAAGCAUCAUACAAGCAUUUGUACCAAUGAGGAAUUUCCAUCCAGUACUCCAGAGUGUUCCGGUGAAGAUGGACAGGCAUGUGACAACAACAGAUCCCUUAUAGAAGAAGUCUUCCAGAAGAAAGUGAUAGUGGAACAAUGUGAUAUGAUAUCAGAAGGUGUCAUGUCUGAUGUGAACAGUAUACUGCACGACGUGAAGCAGCUUGAAGAAGGCGAGUCACUUCAUGAAGUGUCAGGUUUCAUCAGUAGUAGUGUGGUGGAAAGUUCAGAAAUUUUAGAUGACAGGGGGAGUGAUUCCAAAGUCAGUGAUUCAAAAAACAUGUUUGUGGAAGAGGAAGUGAGUCCAGAAGAGCAGGCCAUCAAAGAAUCAGUCCUUAGUGCUCUUGGAUUGCAGCCACUUCGAGCCACACAGGCUAGCAUUACAUCUUCUGGCAGUCGUAAUAAGCCCUGUGAAGGUAACUACACUGGGACCCUGAAGACGGUGAUCAAGUUGCAGCGAUCAUCACCUGAGAAACGCAGGACCCCCUUGAAGCUGGUUCUAAAGCAUGGGAAAGCCCACAGUAGUGUGGAUGAAGCUUCUGCAGAGAAAGGGGAAGAUGCAUUUGAAGAUUUUGAUUUUGACAGACAUGAAAAAAUUGAGUAUAGCAUAAGCAAAGAGGUUGGAACAUCAGGAAACACCAAGGGUCCAUUUGGUUUUGGAAUUGGGAGUCGCAAGUGCCUGAAGCCUCCAUAUUCUUACCGCUAUUUUGAUAUCAGCAGUAGUCCCCAGUUCACUGCAGACAAAAGCAGUCCUGGUGAUUCCCUAAGCCAAGAAAUUAGCAGCAAAGAUGAUGGUAAAGCUCAAAGCACCAAGCAGAGUGGUAACCUGGUAAUCCCAGAGAAGAGUUCAUCAUUCUCCAUACAUCCAGGUCGCCUGUGCUCUGAUGUGUGUAGCUAUUGUUUUGGAAAGUUUGGUUCCCUGGAUACUCCCUGUCACAUAGCACAACUAAAGAGCAGUGAACGGCAACAGAAAGUACUUCAGACAGAGACGCAUCUGACCGCCGACUCUUGCCUGUGUGAUGCAUGUUACCGACAUGUCGAUCGUAAAGCAAAUUGUCCAUCCUACAAGCCAAACAGAAAGCGACAGCACCAUCGAAGUGGUUCCUCACAGAUAAAAACAUCAUGCUGUGUCCAGGGAUGUUCACAGAUUGCUGAACACCAUGUCAGAAGGAAGUGGCUGCUCAAAUUGAAACGAAGUAUUGCUAAGAAGGUUCAAAUAGACAUGGAUAAAAUGCCUCCACAUUUGCCGUUCCCAAUGUGUCUGGAACAUUAUUCGUGGAUUGACUACUACAUGGUAUGUGGAAUCUGCAAGCGACGACUGACCCGCAACCACAUGUACCCUCUCGGACCAGAGGUGCAUGAAUUGAAUACAGCUCUUGCAAGUGAUGGGAUCCCCGUGUGUCUGUCAGACAAGUUGUUUGUAUGCAAACUGUGUCGCUAUUUCUCCUCCGUCCGGUUGAAGUACAAAGACCCAUCACAGUUGGCAGGAAAUCACAAACUGUUCUUCCAGGGCUACAGGAAAAGGCUCCUUCAUUUCCAUGACAUAGAAGAGAUGGAUGAAGAAACUGCAAAAGAAGCACCUCCAAAACCAAAACGUCGGAAAACCAAAGCUUCAUCCUCAACUACUGUGAAGGUAGAUGGAGAAGACGACAGUGGAACCAAGAGUAAAUGUGAGUUGACGUCUCACUUGGAGGACCAACGUCUGACAGAUACCUUUGGUGCAGCCACAGCAGACUUCAGCAUUCUUGGUGAUGCAUCCAUAGAUAGAUCAGGUGCCAGUACCCCAAUGAUUGAUUAUAGUAGUUUAGGUAAUGGCACUUCAAACUUAAUUUCUUUUGAAGACAUUGGUUCAUCUCACAAGCAGACUUUGAAAUUACAGCGUGUGAAACCAACAAAGCUGAAGUUAAAAUUCAGCAGUGGUAAGAUUGGCAGCUUGAAUUAUGACCAAAGUGAAGGACAAAGCACCAGGUCUAUACUACUCCCAGAACGAGAUGGUCUUGAAGUGACUCCGAUACAUGAUUCGCUGAGCACGCCAUUCUAUCCUGGUGAGGAAGAACUUCCAUUGCAUGCAAACUUCGACUUCCAUGGUAGAAAGGAAGAGGGAACUGCAAACAGACGAGGAGAAUGGGAGAAAUGUACGGCCACAAUUCAGUUUGAUAAGGACACUAAGAGUUUGUUCCAACAACUACAGCGUCCAUAUGGGAAUCACUCAAGUUUCUUCCGUCAUCUUAUCCUUUUGGAGAAAUAUUGGAGAUCUGGUGAGUUGAUUCUUGCAUCCAGUGCUAGUUCCAAAGCUGUGAACUAUGUGAACAGUGUUCAGAAUCGUAUUCAUGCUUAUGAAGGGUGUCCAUCAUCUACAUUUACUCGCCUCAAGUCUCCUUGCAGUUCAUUGCCUCAGUUUUCCAGUACAACUUCAGCCAUGCCAGUACCUGUAAUUGAUCUCCCUUUAAAACGUAGACUGGGAGAAGGAAUUCUUACAGCUGCUGAUGGCUCCCUUAAACCCAUAACAAUCACUAGAAUGUCUGGUAUCAGUAUCUCGCCUCGGCCAGGGACUUUCACUUCAUUGUCGUCAGCAGGAGGAGUUUCAUCAUCCCAGUCUCGUGUGCCAGUGUUCACAUCCUUCCCUCAAAACUCGUCGUGUCCUGCUCCCCAAAAAGUGAUUGUGGACACUAUUGCAACUUCAGCAGGAAGCCACUUUCAGCACAGCAAGAGGGUACCAAAUGUUCUCCAAGUCACGGCUGGUGGCAAAUCUUUUUCCAUAGUGCCAGGUUUGACACAGAUACGCCAUAUUCAAGCAAUACAGCAACAGCAGCACCGAUCUCAAAGACAACAGCAGCAACAAGGAAGUUCAUGUUUUGAGCCUAUGAUUUGUGAUGUCCGAUCUUUAGCCACUGAAAAUGGCGCAGGCUUGUGGGAUCAAAAUGUGACGGAACAAAGUGGCAACAGCAAGCAGCAACCAAAUAUAUCAGUGUCAUUGUUACCAAAGACAAAUGCCAGUACUGCCUUUAAACCUUCUACCAUUGUGACUCCAACUGGUAUAGUUCUGUCUAGGAAACCAGAAAUUAGUGUUACAACAGUUACAGAGAAAAAGGAUGUUGCAUUAAAACCUAAAGCAAUUUCAGGCAAAAGGGAAAGUGUUUCAAAAGAUAAACCAGUGUCUGAAAAACUAGAUUUAAUGAGAGCAAAAGUACUUUUGGAGAAGGAAGAUACCAUGGUGCUUGCACCAGUUGCAGAAAUGAAGGCUGGUUUGCCGCAAGCAAAGUGCUGAGCCAGAAUGCCUUGAGUUCCAGACUACAGAUCAUCCAUUCUCAUAACUUGGCUGUGCAGAAGAGACAGUUUUCCAGUGUAGGACAGGUUUGUCUUGGCUGAUUUGUAAUCUGGGAGACAUAAUAGCAUAUUUAUGCUUUGUUUUGUCCAUUGUAUGAGUUACACCUUAUUUCUCAGAUGUUGUAUUAAACCUGACUUCAGUCAUUAAUUUUUGUUUGAAGGAGAAAAGAUAAUAUGUCUAUAUUUCUUCAAAAUCAGUGGCAGAAUUCUGAUAUUCUACAAGUUGAAUGAAGGUUUGAAUAUCUGUUGUCAGAAACAUAUUAUGCAGGGUUCAUUGGAUUUUGUGUAAUAUCUUAUCGUGGUUGUAUAUCACGUUUGAACGGUUUUAACAAUUAUUUACUCAAGUUUUAGGAAGGAAUUUGUUGAAAUGAAUAACUUUGAAGAUAUAUUAUUAUUAUCAUCAUCAUCAUCGCCCUCUAUCAUAGUAACAGUCAUCUUUGCAUUAUGUGCUGCAACAGUGAAGUUCCAGUUUCAAACCAUCUGUUUAUUUAUUGCUCUAAACUUGAUUUGUCAUAAUCAUGUUUUAUUCUCACAUGAAUUGACAUUUAAAAUUUUGUACUUUAAAAGUAAUUGUUUUGGCUGUUGGUUCAGGUGUUUGAUUUAAGGUAUGAGUUUAAUUUUUGUGACAUAGUUCUGAGAGCAGGUAUGAUUUUGUGAAGAUAAUGAUCAUGCUGUUGGAAAAGACCACACUUCUCUUAUUAAAAAUUGUUUUAUGGAUAUAUAUAUAUAUUUGAUACUUACAAAUACUAUUUUUCUCCACACCCACCAUGCUACAAAUUAAUCGAUAGCAAUAAUGUUGCACUGAUGCUUUACUGCUUUUAAUUUUCAUAAUCUGGGUCAGCGUGUUGGAGACCUCAGAUAUGUGAAGUCUACAUGAGAUCAGUAAUAAAGCUGAGAAAGUAUUAUCUUUGAUGAAGACAGUAGUGCGUAUAAUUAAACAGUUCAUUGACAUUUUGUAAUUAAGCAGUUGUACAAAUGUAAAUGUGUGAGAUUUAGAAUAAAUGUAUAUGAUUUGAGGGCUUCGGAAAAAAAUGUAAAUAAUUCAUAGGGCUAAUCACUGCAGUCUAUGUAAGUUUUGAGGUUUUCACGGCGAUGACUAUGAAGAAAGUC